AUGUCUUCCCGAAUUGCCGCCUGGGCUCAAGGUAUCGAUUCUCACCAAUGGGGCACCACGUUGUUUGCUGUACUCAUCGCUGCUGCGGUCUAUCUAUUCCUACCACACCGGGAGAGUGACAUACUUUACUUGAACCGCCCUGCAAAACUCGACUUGUUCGGUCGGAAUGCCAGGCACAACUUUGCCUCUAAUGCUCGCAGUCUCAUGGCAGAAGGUCGCCGACUCUGCAAAGGAUCGCCUUACAGGCUGUUUACCGACCUUGGAGCCUUGAUCGUGAUACCGUCCCAGUCUGUGGACGACGUCAGAAAUGAGCCGAGUCUUAGUUUUAUGGAGUUCUUCGUCGACAACUUCCACCCUGACAUUCCUGGAUUCGAUGGAUUUAAGUUUGACGGUCGAAAGGACGAGCUUUUGCACAGAACGAUCAACAAGAAGCUCACUAAAUAUCUCAAGUGGCAGCAGGCCCCGGUGAUGGAAACAAUGCUGGAAUUGAUUGCGCGGGUAUCCUCGCGUGUAUUUCUUGGCGAAGAGCUUUGCCGGAACUCCGACUGGUUGGCCAUAACCAAGUCUUACAGCAUCAAUACCUCACUAGCCGGUGACUUACUUCGACAGUACCCCAAAUGGCUUCGACCUUUUGUGUGCAACUUUAUCCCCCAAUGUCGCGAGCUUCAAAAACAAGUUGCAAACGGUCGAAAGGUGUUGGAUCCAAUUCUACGAAGUCGUGAAGAGGAGAGAGAGGCAGCAUUGGCUAAUGGAGAUACCGAGCGCCGGUAUAAUGACACAAUCCAGUGGCUUGUAGACGAGAGUCAAGGAAGCUCAUAUGAUCCAGUCGGGGCUCAACUGGGUUUCUCCGUUGUAGCUACUCACACCACUACAGACUUGAUCACGGAAACUAUGAUUCGCCUUGCUGAGCGUCCUGAGCUAGUCGAUGACCUUAUUCAGGAAAUCGAAGAUGUGCUAAAGGUAGAAGGUUGGACCAAGACCGCCUUGUUCAGCAUGAAGCGUCUUGACAGCGUUAUAAAAGAGGCACAAAGACUUAAACCGUUGACUUCUGCUACGAUGAAUCGCAAGGCCACUAAGCGUGUCACACUUCCAGGGGGCCUCGUGCUUGAGAAGGGAGACCGUUGUAUGUCAGAUCUUGGAUCGAUGAUGGACUCUACCAUCUACCCAAACCCUGAUGAAUACGAUGGGUACCGAUUCUUCCGCAUGCGUGACGACCGAAGCGCGGGUAGCAAGGCGCACUUGGUGAGUACAUCCUCAGCUCAUUUAGGCUUCGGUCAUGGUAAGCACGCUUGUCCAGGAAGAUUCUUUGCGGCAAACGAAGUUAAGCUCUUGCUUUGUCAUCUACUUUACAAGUAUGAGUGGAAGCUUGAGCCGGGAUAUGUUCAUAAAAUCACGGAGUUUGGGUUAGCCCUGUUCCCAGACGGCCAAGCACAGAUAUCCUACCGGAGGCGACAGAACCUUGCGGUGAAUAUCGAUUCCUUAUAA